GGUCAUCACGUAAAUGAGUACUGAAGAUAUGGAUCCCAAUACUUUGCGGAGAAAUGAAUCAAGUAGUAAAUGACGACAUUAUCUUACAUCCUGAUAACUCAUAUCAUGCAAAUUUGCCGCAGUGUGCUUUAAAGACAUGCCGUACAUUACCGCCAAUCGCCAUUGACUUAUUCUUUGGAGGCUCGUUUGAAGAACCGAUGACAUUGGGGCGUAAAAUAUGCCUAUCACGCCGCAAAGGAUUCGAAACAUUACGCUGACUGGUUCAAUUGACGUCAGUGGUUACACAAGAAAAGCGAUCGCUUAUGUAAUUGGAACAUUUACUUGUUUCGACAGGGCAGCUACAUACUCUGGCACAUUUGUUUCGAAGGUACUCGCAGCACAUUAAAGACAAGCAAAACUUUAAGUAGUUUGCACUUUACACUAUUGCCUCCCCACUCUCUUCCAAACUAUCAGGCCAGUUCCACCUGCUUAUUUAACAAGUUCAGUAGCAGAGACUAAUCCAGAGCUCAAACGAUCACCUUUGCCGCUGUUCAAGUAAGCCCUAACUCGUCAUGUCUGAUAAGCCGGACCUUUCAUUGCCAUCAAGGGCGCCGUCCAUGGCACCUUAUCUUGAACACACCCUUAACUUACCCCCAACGGCUCUGUAUACUCUCGUCGAUUUGACCGAUGCAGAACUUGAAGACUGCCAACGCGAGUGCGAGAGUGAAUGCGUCAAAGAUGAGAGCUAUCGGGGUACUUGUGUUCGUCUCGCUCCACAACCGCGAUUCAUCGGCCAGCCGUUGCGUGCUGUAUUUGAUUAUCAAAUCGAUUUGGCAGCGCAAAACAUCUUCGAGCCUUUUUACUUCAUCGCCGUUGUGGAGAAAGAUUGGAAAACUAAAGGUGUCGUACUAGUCACACUGAACAAGUUGGAUGCCGAAGACUCCAAUUGUGAUGUUGAUUCAUUUCGCACUAAAGCUACUGAUUCCGGAUUAAAUGUUGCAAACUUACAAAUUGCGAACAUGGGUUGGGACGAAUUGAAAGAUUUUACUGCGCUUCAUUUCGACGAAGGAGAUGAUGGAGGCGAUAAAAUUGACAAAAAUAAGAACGACGAUGAUGUUGAUAACGAUGACGGUCCACCACCACCAAUCAAAAAUAUCCCUCUGGGCUACUACAUUCCCAUUUAUAUUCACUCAAGUUUACUCGAAGAAGAUGUUGUUGCCAAGCUGGAACCAGGGUUCAAACAUAAGUCACCCGAGGACUUGGCCUGCCGCGUUCAAGCCAAACUCACACCUUCAUCCUCCUCACCCAGCCCAACAUCUACUCAGGACCUCAUCCAGCAAGCCGCUACUAUUCAUCCUCAGCGCUGCUCGAAGAACAGAUGGCUGCACAAAACUCACAUCCUGGUCAUCGACACUGCCAACCCUGACGAAAACGGCAUGCUGAUGGUUAAAUUACCGUCGUGGGAUAAAAGUCACUCAGAAACGACUGGCAACAUAGACUUGCGCAGCAUCGGGAAGGAGAUCGUCGUUACAACCCCUCCGCACAUCCGCAUUCCUUAUUCCUGUCACGAUGGUCUUCAGACACGUCUCCUAAUCUUGGCUAAUGGUGAUGCUGAUUGGCCAUUGGAAAGUGUGCGCGAGCAGCCAGUCUUUAUCGUCUUCCAGUAUAGCACACAUGGAAAAGAGCUUGGUUUCUGUGCCGACUCGAUUGAUUCUGAGGCAGCCAAAAGGAACCCUGGAGAGGAGAGAUUGAUUUAUGCGCCUCAAGUGAUCAAGCGACCAGGUCAUGGUCUGGAGCAGAUCAAAUGGAGUUAUGAUGAGGCUGUGAAACGAUUUCCUUGGUUCUGUCGUGAAAAACGUUUUAAUGAGGGUCUUGACAAGACAUUUUUCAUCUGUAUAGACGGCGAUGACGUCGCUAAGACGGGGUUAUUGCUUGCCCGAAGAAAAUGGGAUGGAAAUUUAUGGAACCGAACUCGAGAUGAACUACUCGAUUUGCCCAUCGAUGAUGUCAAGAAUGUGAGAGUUCCAGUCAAAGAGGCACUUGCUAUCCUGGAGAAAGGGAGAAUGGGUGAAACAGAUGGGAUGAGUGAUAGCUUGAAGGAAUUUUUUUUGUAAACGCUUCCAAGUGAGCAUCAAUACACUUGAAACGAUAUUGAAUAAGUAAUUUGAUAAGACGAUGGGGCCACA